GAGAUAAAAGGAAGAAGAAGACGCUGAAGUCUGAAGUCUGAACAGUGCAAACUGGACUGUCAGAGUCUCAGAGAUAAACGAAGAAGAAGAAGGAAGAAAGAAGGAAAAAGAAAGAAAAAAAAGCAGAAUCUGACGGGACCAAGAAGAAGAAAGAAAGAAGAAAGAAAAAAAAGAGAAAAAGAAAGGAGAAGAAGAAAAUUACCUGGACUGAUCAGCAAUGUCGAUGAAGUUGAACCCUAGGCUUUGGUCGACCUCGAUCGAAGAAGAGAGAAGAAGAAAUGACCAAUUUUUGUCAAUUUAGGGCUUUGCUUUACGCCGUUGGAUUAGGGAAAGGGGCUAUUCCUACUGCUGCAGCUGUCAAUUGGGUGCUUAAGGAUGGCAUUGGAUAUCUUAGCAAGAUACUUUUGUCGAAUUAUGGCAGGCAUUUUGAUGUCAAUCCUAAGAGCUGGAGGCUGUUUGCAGACCUUUUGGAGAAUGCUGCUUAUGGGCUGGAGAUUUUGACCCCUGCCUUCCCACAUCUGUUUGUUCCUAUCGGAGCUGUUGCUGGAGCAGGGAGAUCAGCCGCUUCAUUAAUCCAGGCUGCUACAAGGAGCUGCUUCUAUGCGGGUUUUGCUGCUCAGAGGAAUUUCGCGGAGGUGAUUGCAAAGGGUGAAGCUCAAGGAAUGGUGAGCAAAGCAGUUGGAAUCAUGCUUGGCAUUGCACUGGCUAACUGCACUCGCUCUUCUACAUCUCUUGCUCUUGCUUCUUUUGGAGUGGUAACUUGGAUCCACAUGUUCUGUAAUCUGAAGUCAUAUCAGUCCAUUCAACUAAGGACUUUAAAUCCUUAUCGUGCAAGUUUAGUCUUCAGUGAGUAUCUGCUCAGUGGUCUAGUUCCUUCUGUUAAAGAGGUCAAUGACGAGGAGCCUGUUUUCCCAGCUGCUCUUUUAAAUCUAAAGGCAGCACAUGAAUCUUCUCGGACACACACGGAAGUGCUUUCUGUCAAUGCUAAACAAGCAGCUGCUAGGAUUGUGCAACGGUUGGAGCUAGGUUCUAAACUUUCUAAUGUUGCUACUAGUCGAGAAGAUGUGCUUGCUCUGUUUGAACUAUACAAGAAUGAAGGUUACAUUUUGACUGAGCAAGAAGGAAAAUUUUGUAUUGUACUGAAAGAAAGUUCAUCACCACAAGAUAUGUUGAAGUCAUUGUUUCAUGUCAAUUACCUGUACUGGUUGGAGAAAAAUGCAGGAAUCAAGUCGAGCAGUAUAGCUAAUGACUGCAGGCCUGGGGGAAGGCUGCAGAUAUCUUUGGAGUAUGUUGAGAGAGAGUAUAAUCAUGUCAAAAAUGAUGGUGAAGUAGCAAGUUGGGUGAUUGACAGUCUCAUUGCAAGGCCUUUGCCAAAUCGAAUUCGCUUGGGUUAUGCAGCUGUAUCUUCUGUUGCAGAAGGUUGACCUUAUAUUACAAGGCGUGGUUUCUCUGAACAAGCUGUUGUUGCCAGCUCAAGUCAUCCCUCAUACCCUGUGGAGCUACCAAACCAUGGUGAUGUGUCACUUUGGAUUUGCAUCGACAGGUGGAAGAGCUUGAAAAUGAUUGGUAGACCCCGUUUCAUGACUGUACAAUGAGCUUGCAAUGGUAUGUUGUUCAAGAAUUGGAUGAUGCAGUACGCUGGUGAAUGAGGUGGGUUCUUGUGAGUAUCUGGAUUUGUUUUUGAAUGCAUGGUUUUGUUGCUGCUAUGAAAUUCCAUGGAUCUUGAUCAGAUAAUGCUGCAACAGUGUUGUCAAAGGCUCAUUUAAGGCGCACUUACACCCUGAAGCUCAGAAAAGCUCAGGGAGGGCGCUUCGCCUCGCUUAAGCUGCGCUUCAGUGUAAGGCAAGACACUAAGACAUGCGCCUCAUUGCCCAUGAAUUUUAUCAUGAAUCAAGUGGCACUAAACAACAAAUAUGAUCAGGAAAUAGGUGUGACAGCUGUAAAGGAAAACGUUAUGAAUGAAUUUGUUACUUUGUUCUUGAAUUACAUAUAUAUUUUUGUUUUUUCCGUUCA